AAUAAAAAUAAAAAAAGAAGAAAAACAAAAUACGUACCGACCGUAAUUUUUAGGAUAACAUAAUAGGAUUCGUUUUAAUGCACUGCAUCUGGCCCCAGAGUGAGCUGCAUGCUAAACAUGACAUCUAACAUGAGCUCGUCUACGGGAAAACGUUCCAAUUUGAAGAUAGCUAGUGGUGCUAUAGUAUGCGAUGAGAGUAUCUUGAAAGGAGAUAUUACUAUUGGAACAGGAACCGUAGUACAUCCUAGGGCUAGUAUUUUGGCAGAAGCUGGACCAAUUUUUAUCGGAGAAGGAAAUAUUAUUGAAGAGAUGGCAACUAUAGCUAACAGAUUACCACAUCCUGAAAGUGAUAUGAUACCUGUACAAAUAAUCGGUAACUACAAUGUUUUCGAAGUUGAUUCUAUCUGCGAGUCACAUAAAGUUGGGGAUAACAAUAUAUUAGAAACUAAAGCUUACAUUUCUCAAGAUGUCGAAUUAACUAAUGGAUGCGUAAUAGGAACAGCUUGUUCCUUGGUAGAACCAGAAACUAUUUUAGAGAAUACUGUAAUAUAUGGCAGCAGAUGUCAACGAAGAGAAAUGAACGAUAAACCAUUUCCACAAGUAGGACAACUGGAUUAUCUUAGGAGGAUACUACCGAGUUAUCAUCACUUACGGAAACCUAAUGUCAAAUCAAUGAAAAAUGAACCGAUAGUAUAAUCCCAUCAUCAUUACUGACAAAACGAUACAAGAAUAUCUAAUCUAAAUGAUGAAAUUAUUUAUAAAUACAAUUAAAUUUAAAUAUUUAAAUGCUUAUAUGUGUAUUAUAGUAAUUAAAAUAGUGAUAAAUAAGCUAACUUAUAUAAGUUAUUGAACAUUUAUUUACAAUAAUAAUAAUAUUAAUAUUAAUAAUAUAUUAAUGCUGCACUUUUAUAAAUAAAAUUAUGUGAAUCUUA